GUGAAGGUUCAUAGUUGAAAUUCGGGAAGAUGGUGGAGCACGCAGAAAUCCGCAUGGUUCACCGUGGUGGCAGCAAAAUAAACUUUAGGGAGCCAGUUAUUACAAAUGAUUCCAGGUUCCUUUUGUGUGCGGCGGGGGAGUCCGUGAACGUGUACAGUACCAGCACAGAGGAAUACGUCCAUGAUUUGCAGGGACACACUGACCUGGUGACAGGCGUUGUCCUCAACCCUUCAAACCAUCUGCAGGUAUACUCGUGUUCAGCAGAUGGCACUGUCCGAUUGUGGGACUUCACGGAUGGCAUCCUCAUCAAGACCUUCAUUAUCGGGUACCCAAUCUACUCCAUUUACGUCUCGGAAAAACAUGGAGGAGUUGUUUUUGUCGUCGUUCCCAUGGCAAAUUACAAAAGCUCUGAGCUGUUCCAGCUGGUGGCUGUUAAUCUGCCCCGCAGUGGGGACCAGGAAGUGGAAGCGCGAGAGCUGUCGGCCGUGCUCUGUGAUGUCAGCCCCCACCCUGGGGCUGCCUCCUUUGGCAGAGAGGGUGAAUACGUAGCUGCUGUCAAAGGUUUACAGCUCGAGGUAUUUUUCUUCAAAAAGCAGAAGUCGUACAGGUUUUCCCUGAAGUCAGGGAUGAAGAAAAGGGCCAAGAAUGCCUUCACCUGUGUUUCGUGCCACCCUAAAGAGGACUGUAUUGCCACAGGUCACGCAGAUGGCAAGAUUCGCAUGUGGAGAAACUUCAACCAGAAGAAGGAGUACACAUACUCCACCUUGCACUGGCACCACGGUGCUGUCAACACACUGUGCUUCACCCCAGAAGGCACUAAUCUUCUGAGUGGGGGCAUAGAGUCCGUGCUGGUCCAAUGGCAUUACACACAGGAGAACCAGAAAGACUUCUUGCCGCGCCUGGGCGGCGCCAUCACACACAUCGCCGUGUCACCUGACGGUUCCUUGUUCUGCACCUCGCACUCUGACAACAAGAUCACAAUCAUUCAGAGUUGUGUCAAAGUGUCGGCCAUCAUCCAGGGGCUGGUUAAAGGCGAUGGUGUGUGGACAAACCUAAUCAUCGACCCGCGCAGUAAAGCUUUGGUGCUUAACGGGAAACCAGGGCACCUGCAGUUCUACUCUCUCCACCGCGACAAGCAACUCUACAACUUGGACAUAGUACAGCAGGAGUACAUCCACGAGGAGGGUCUGGACCAGUUUGAGGUGGUCAAAGCGGCAUUCGACGCCCGCGGCGACUGGCUUGCUACCGUGGAGGAGAGGAGAAAAAAAGGCGCUGAGCUGGAGAUCAAUUUGAAGCUGUGGGCGUACGACAAGCUAACUCAGAGUUUUGUGCUGAACACCACAGUGACAGCUCCCCACGAGGACCGGAUUACAGCCAUGUACUUCAGCCCCUCCCCAGAGACCACCAUGCUGGUGACCACUAGCCUCGARGGCCACUUCAAAGCCUGGCUGCUGGCAGACCACUCAGACACCAAGGCAGAGGGUUUCUGGGCAUGUGACUUUGUGGGUGGGUAUCAUCUCCUGAAGCCCGGUUGCUGCUCCUUCUCGGCUGACGGCUCCCUUUUGGCCGUGGGCUUCCAGGAGGUGGUGACCGUGUGGAGCCCCACUUCCUGGGAGCUACUCACCACUCUAUCCCAGCCCCCAGGAGCCAUCAGGGACCUUUGUUUUGGACGGUUAAGCUGUUCCAAGUACCUGUUGGGGACCAGCACCAAGAACCAACUCUGCUGCUGGAACCUCCUCACCUGCUCACUGGAGUGGAGUACUCCCAUGGACGUAAGCCUGCUCCAGACUGACCCGCUGUCUGAGAACAUCGCUGCCUUCUGCAGUCAAUCUGGCAGCUCUGACUUGUUUGUGUUCAAGCCCAGCGAGCCACGGCCCCUCUACUCCCAGAAGGCUUUGUGCACGGGCAAGGUGCAGCAUGGAAUCUUCGCGCCGCGCGACCAGAUGCUGGAGAGCUGCGAGGAGCGUACCCAGUGGCUCAACAGAUCCCAGCUCUACUUCUUCACCCAACACAUGGAUUUGUUGACUUUUAGCACCAAGACUGAAGAGGACAGACUGUUGGCAUCCAGUAAACAGCUCAUGGUAGACAACAGUGUUGCCGUGACGCCGUUCUACCUGUUGUUAGGGAAACACAGACGGCAGCAACUGGAGAAACAGGAAGCGCUGACCAAUCCCAUGGCAGAAAGGACUCAGCUCCCACAGGGUUCCAUUGCCAUCAAGGAGCUGCUGCACACCCCAGCCCACGUCCUGCCUUCAGCCUCGUUCCUCUGCGCCAUGUUUGUCCGCUCCCUGCUCAUCUCCAGCUCCUCUGCCGGAGAGGAAAAAGAACAUGAAGAAGAGGAAAUGGAGAGCGAGAAAGAGGAAGAGGACUCCGAAGGGGAAGCAGACCCCCGUCUGGGGGAAUCGGCAGCAUGCGGCCCACCCGAGGAGUUUGGGGCACCAGCUCUCACCAAAGCCCAGGAGAGGGAACUGAGGAAAGUUAAAACAUUUGACCACAGCUGGCUCAGCAGCCUCCUGGACUGUUAAGCGUGACCAAGCCCAAACACACACACUUUUCCAAAGGGUGUAUUUUCAUGUAAUAAAAUAUAUUUCUGUUUUCAAAUGUGCCGUAUCAUGCUUGUUUCUGGCAUUGCCCCAACAAUGUUUCAGUUUUGCUGGAUUAAAACAAAACAAUUUUAAAGUAAAAAAA